AGUAGAUAUUAUCUAACAUUCCUUAACAGGAACACACUGUCUCACUGCCUCACUGGUCUUUCUUCGCGAAUUGUGUCUUUUCAAUUCCCACCGCCACCGCCACCGCCGUUAAUGGCGGCGACACCACCCUAUCACGGACGAUCUGUUCACCAACAUAGAGUAUAGACUGGGUUCUGAAGAUGGGUGCAACUUUAUCGAACCUGGCCGAAGCAUCGAACGGCCCAGGGCUCGGUGACAUACCGGAGAGCUGUGUAGCCUGCGUCUUCCUCUACCUCACUCCGCCGGAGAUUUGCAACCUCGCUCGCCUGAACCGCGCCUUCCGCGGCGCCGCUUCGUCCGACGUCGUUUGGGAGUCAAAGCUGCCUCCCAACUACCAAGAUAUGCUCGACCUAUUGUCUCCUGAAAGGUUCCAAAACCUGUCCAAAAAGGACAUCUUUGCCCUCCUCUCUCGCCCCGUGCCCUUCGACGACGGCAACAAGGCAUUGUGGUUGGAUAAGGUUACAGGGAGGGUUUGCAUGUCAAUUUCAGCCAAGGCAAUGGGGAUAACUGGGAUUGAAGAUCGAAGAUACUGGAAUUGGGUUCAUACGGAAGAAUCAAGGUUCGAUCUUGUUGCCUAUUUGCAGCAAGUAUGGUGGUUUGAAGUAGAUGGGGUGGUAAAGUUUCCUUUUCCUGCAGAUAUCUAUACCUUGGCAUUCAGGACUCACCUUGGAAGAUUUUCCAGAAGGUUGGGACGGCGUGUGUGCAAUUUUGAACACACCCAUGGCUGGGAUAUAAAGCCAGUACGUUUUGAGUUUUCAACUUCUGAUGGUCAGCAAGCAUCAAGUGAGUUCUGCUUAAAUGAGACUGAACAAGAUGACGCCAUCAGUAACCACAAGCGUGGGUGUUGGAUAGAGUACAAGGUAGGUGAAUUCAUUGUCAAUGAGUCAUACCCUGCUACUGAAGUGAGGUUUUCGAUGAAACAGAUUGAUUGCACCCAUUCUAAAGGUGGGCUUUGUGUAGAUUGUGUAUCUAUUAUCCCCAGUGAAUUGAAAAAGAGCAAAGAAUAGGGGUUUUGAAGUGGGUACAAGGGGUAACUUGUUUAGUAUUACAAGUAUCCCAGAAGGUUUUAGUUGGGGUUUUGGCAUACAGCAUAUACUUGUAAAAGCACUUGAUAUUGUGGAGGAUGUCAUCUUAUUUGGGAUUUGGCAGUAAGUAUGUGUCCUCUUAAUUGGGUUUUGGCAGUAGGUAUGCGUCCUCUUAUAUCCAUGUAAUUAUUCCUGUUGUGUGUUUAAUUCAGUUUCAUUUCACAUUUAUACCUUUGCAGAAAAUUAAGAGGGUAUGUUUCGAUUAUCACUUUGCUUUUGUCAGAUACUCUCUGUUAAACAAUUUGUAAUCUAAUUGGGAUGCAAAUGAGGUAAAGUUCUUUCUUAAA